GCGAUGCCGGAGGUUUGGGGUGUGGAAUAAAAAACAUCACAGAGUAAUUAUUGGGUCUUUCUGUUGUCCCCCCCUCCCCCUUUUCCCAUCGAGAAGAGAGAAAGGGCAGGAGUGAGAGGCACUAUCCCCACGAGAUCAGUAUUAUAGGAGGGUAACUCUAAGUUUGCGUUGUUGUCUGUUCACAAUGGCCACAUUCACAAGGAUCGAGGACGGCGAAAGCCCCUCCAUUACCAUCCAUCCCUCGCACAAGAUUGCCAAAAUCAGCGACAACAUCUAUGGCGGCUUCACAGAACACAUGGGGAGGUGCAUCUACGGUGGCAUCUACGACCCCGGCAACCCGCUCUCGGACGAGAACGGCUUCCGCAAGGACGUCAUCGAGGCCCUUAAGGAGCUGAGAGUGCCCGUGGUCCGAUAUCCCGGCGGUAACUUUGUUGCCACGUACAACUGGCUGGACGGCGUUGGCCCGAAGGAGAAGCGGCCAAAGAGGCCAGAAUUGGCGUGGAUCGGCGUCGAGACCAACGAGUUCGGAACAGACGAGUUCAUGAAAUGGUGUGAAGUGGUCGGGGCCGAGCCGUACCUCUGCCUCAACAUGGGCACUGGCACCCUGUCUGAUGCUCUCGCCUGGCUCGAGUACUGCAACUCGGACCGCGACACAUACUACGCCAACCUGCGGCGUAAGAACGGCCGUGAGAAGCCAUACAAUGUCAAAUACUGGGCGCUCGGGAACGAGUGCUGGGGCCCGUGGCAGGUUGAGCAGAUGACCAAGGAGGACUACGCAAAGAAGGCGUACCAGUGGGCCAAGGCGCUCAAGUUGCUGGACCCGAGCAUCACGCUGAUCCUGUGCGGCGAGACGGGCUACUCGUCCUGGGACCACCACGUGCUCAAGGAGUGCGUCCGCUGGGACGUCCACGGGCUCGGGGACCAGAACCAGACCAAGUCGCUCAUCGACAUGCACAGCAUCCACGUCUACACGGCCGACCGGGAGCACCUCCCCAACGCGACGGCGCCCCGCAGCGCCGAGCGCGCCAUCCAGAUGGCCUCGGCCCUGAUCGACCUGGCCCGGAUCGAGAACGAGGUGCCGGCGACGGUUCCCAAGCAAAAGAUCUGCUUCGACGAGUGGAACGUCUGGGACCCCGUCCGCGCCCCCGGCGAGCAGGGGGCCGAGGAGCGCUAUACCCUCUCGGACGCCCUGGCCGUCGCCGUCUGGCUCAACGCCUUCGUCCGCCAGGCCCGCGACCUCGGCAUGGCCAACAUCGCCCAGUCCGUCAACGUCAUCUCGCCCCUCAUGACCACCCGCGACGGCCUCGUCAAGCAGACCAUCUGGUGGCCCCUGCUGCUCUUCAGCCGCUACAUGCGCGGCCACACCCUCGCCCUCCACGUCCGCGGCCCCGAGUACACCGGCCGGACCCGGCCGGCCUGGAUCCGCGCCGCCAUCGAGACCCCUUACCUGGACUGCAGCGCCGCCCUGGGCGACGACGGCUUCGUCAACCUCGCCGUCGCCAACCUGCACGAGCAGAACGACUACCCCGUCGACCUCGACGGCCUCCGCAUCGCCCACGGCGACCGCGUCGCCGUCUUCCUCGUCACCGGCGACCACGUCGGCGUCGCCAACACGGCCGACGAGCAAAAGGUCGGUAUCGCCGAGAGCUCCUGGGACGGCAAGGGCAAGUUCACCUUCGUCAAGCACUCCUUCACCCUGCUGAGGUGGAAGCCGGCCGAGUAAUUAAAACACGUCAUAAUAUCAGAAAAUCGAGUCCGGGGUUUGGAGGGAGGAGAAAGGUUAGGGAACUGGUUAAUUAUUAGGUCAUCACGGGUUAAUUAAUUACAAGAUAAUUAUUAGACUUGGGAUUCGGAGUGGGAAGUCACAUAAUUAAUACUCAAUUACGCCC